CGUUCUGGCGGGAAGUUUUUAAAUAUGAAGGAACAAGUGAAUUUGCACAAGUUGGAGACUCUAUUCUAUUUCGCUGCUUGGAGUGGAGGCAUUUUUUACGGCCUGUAUCAUCUUUAUUUGGCUGGAGCCUAUUUUGAAGACUAUGACGAUGCCUUCAACGAUUUCAUCCCCGGAUGGUCCUGGGUGGGACGGAAACAAGAUACAUCCGACAUCGAGUGGUCUCUCUGGAUUCCUUUCAUGUACCAAUUAAUUCCUUGGAUCACAGUACAUCUGGCAUUCUCCCAGUACCUGAAGUGGUCAGAGUGCAGUAGCACGAUAAUCUGCUGCUGGUACAUCACAAUUUCAGUAGGAUUUUUGUGUCAUUAUGCUGGAGGGAUCACAAUGAUUCUUCUUCUCAUCCAGCCCUGUAUCGCGUGUUUAUUGACAUCAUUCAGGAGUAAGAAAGUAGCAUACGUCAUACACUUUGCGACGUUAGGAGUUAUUCAGUUGAGCCCUACGCUGGAGAUUGUCAUUCAAGAUUGGCUGAUGUUGAAGGAAAACGUCUACCACAUGAUAGUAAUCGCUAUCUGUUGGAUGCAACUGAGAACCAUCAGCUGCAGCAUUGACAACAUUACUGAUUACAAGCAUAAAAAUAUUAUGGGCUUUUUGAAGAAUUUCAUUCAGAGCACUGCUUAUUGCUUGUAUCUUCCUACAUUAUUCUUGGGGCCAUUUGUACUUUAUAGUGAUUUUAUUAAAGGGAUAGAAGGGCCUUUUAGAGAGUGGACAUUCCGACGGUUCACAAUUUUUAUAUUGAAUAUAAUACGUUUCACUUUCUGGAUAUUCUUCACCGAGUUGAGUACACAUUUUAUCUACUGUAAUGCGUUGCAGUAUCAUCCGGAAUUUGUGGCACAACUAAAUCCUUGGGCUUUCUAUGCAAUGGGUUACGCUAUGGGACAAUAUUUCCUGAACAAAUAUGUUGUUUUUUAUGGAACCUGCGGGGAAAUUAGCAGAGCUGACAAUAUCAAUGCUCCGCCUCCUCCAAAGUGUAUUGGGAGAAUUCAUUUGUACUCGGAGAUGUGGAAGCAUUUCGAUAGAGGAUUGUAUCAAUUUCUUAUCAGAUAUAUUUAUGUGCCAAUAGCAUCGAUGGAAAUUCCACUCAAGAAAAUAUUAGCUUCAUUCAUAUCAUUCGGAUUCGUAUUUCUUUGGCAUGGAGUUCAGUUAUUUAUUUUCACUUGGUCUUUCCUGAAUUUCUUGGGGCUGACUAUCGAAGGUAUCGCCAGAUCCAUUAGAAACACUCCGGGAUUUAUGGAAUGGGAGGAGAAACGGUUGACACCAAAAAAUGUCCGCAGAUUCCACUGUUUGCUAGCCAGCCCUCUGUUAGCCCUCUCGGCGAUAUCCAAUUUUUAUUUUUUCGCUGGCCAGGAUAUUGGCAAUAUUUUUAUGUACAGGAUUUUUCAUGACUCACCCAAAGCCGUGGGCAUUCUCCUUUUCCUACUCUACUGCUGCUGCCAAGUGUCAACUGAAGUGAAAAACUACGAGAUACGAAGAGAAACUAAAAUUGAGCUUGAUGAUAUUGAAAAAAGAAUGUGAGAAAUAUAAAUAAUUGUGAAUU